CCACCGGAGCUGCCGAGGUCGGAGCUGGCGGCAAUCUACCGCGUCAUGGCCGACCUCCUUGACGACCCGACGUGGCCGCAGCUCCACCCUCGGCCGUGCACAGACACGCCAUGGCCGGGCCUCCAGUGCGAGCUCGCCCCCGACGACAGCCACCGCCUCCGAGCAACUCGCCUCCAUUUCGGCCCCGACGUGUCCACCCCGCCGUGCAAGCCCGGAGCCAGGCUCGCCGCCCCCGCGAUCCUCGGCCUGCCCCACCUCAAGACACUCUCCCUCUUCGGCUGCUUCGUCGGCGCCGGCCCCGUCGAGCUGCUGGCCGCGCUAUUCACCAACGCCUCCUCCCUCGAGCAGCUCGUACUCAAGUCCAACCCAGGCCUCACCGGCCGGAUACCCACAACCUUGACCAACCUGAAGAGCCUGCAGGUGCUUAGCCUGUCCCAGAACGGCUUCCGCGGCGAGAUCCCCAGGGAGCUCGGCGGCCUCACCGCGUUGCAGCAACUCGACCUCAGCUACAACAACAUCACCGGCGAGAUACCGGAGGAGAUUGGCGGGAUGGCGAGCCUGUCCAUCCUGGACCUGAGCUGGAACAGCAUCAGCGGCGGCGUGCCGGCGGCGCUGGGCAGCCUGCGGAUGCUGCAGAAGGCGGACCUGAGCUACAACCGGCUCGCCGGCGCGGUGCCGCCGGAGGUCGGGUCGCUGAAGGAGCUGGUGUUCCUGGACCUGAGCCACAACGGGCUGUCGGGCCCGCUGCCGGCCUCAUUGGCCGCUCUAACGAAGCUGCAGUACCUGCUCCUGCAGGACAACCCCAUCGGCACGGCGGUGCCGGCGGUGGUCGGGUCGCUGCGGCGGCUGCAGGUGCUGGGCCUGUCCGGGUGCAACCUCACCGGCCCGAUCCCGCGGGGCGCGUUCGCGGCGCUGGGGAGCCUGAUGGCGCUGUCCCUGGACCGGAACCGGCUGGACGGGCCGAUCCCGGCGAGCCUCGGCGCGCUGCCGCACCUGGGGCAGCUCAACCUCAGCCAGAACCGGCUCGCCGGGGAGAUCGCGCUGCCGGGGGAGUUCGUGGCGCGGCUCGGCAGGCGGCUCGACGUGCGGGGCAACGAGGAGCUGUGCGUCGGCAGGGGAAGGUACGGGAGGCUGCAGACGAGCAAUCUCGGGGCGCGGCCGUGCGUGGAUCAGGGCAGCGUCAACGGGACGUCGGCGCUCGACGAGGCGGCCGCCGACCGUGGAUUGCCGGGCGCUGCAGGAUUGGGCGGCUUGGCGUACCACCUUCUCGUGUUGCUGUUGGUACUCGAGUUGUGA